AUGCUUCAAUCGUUUUUGGGGACUAUUAACACUCGAGGCUACCCCGAUAGACAUUGUCUUACUGAUUGGAACGUCAUUGGUGAGUGGGAUGGUUCUUUCAAGCUGCAACAUGCGCAAUCAAGGAAAUUCAUUUGUUUCAACAAACGCGCGCGGAUUACAUUGCGAUUCAAUGGGCACGACGAGAAGUGCACAUUUCACGAGGAGAUUCGGGAUAACGGCUAUUCGCGAAUCCGAUCAAAUUGGAAGUCAACCCUGUAUCUUGGAUUUAAUGGCCGAGGUAGAUUUCAAAACCCGCUCUCCUAUUAUAUGAAGCCUCGCUGCUUCGACUGGAUCAAACUGGUUCGCUAUGUUCCAGAAUCUGAGAUGCACACGUGCGAUUCUAAAAAACCAAAGAAGAAAGUUCAAAUACACCAUUCAAAGACAAUUCACACCGCGUUACGAAAUGAUUUCCUUCGCAAAGUAUCCGCUACAAAUGAUAGCAUUUAUAUUCCACAUUAA